GAGAAGCUCUUUCGUUUGACACGUCGAAACAUGGCGUCAUUGCACGCACAUCGUUGUGACACGAUUGCAUUUCUAGUAUUCAAAUUAGGAGUGUUGCAUAACUACAGCUCAUAACAUUACACAUGUGCUGAAUACUCAAUCGACAUGGCUUCCAUCUCAUCACAACGAAUAAAAGUGAUUGUCAUCGGAGCUGGAAUUAUCGGGCUUUCAUCAGCGGUUGUUCUCGCGGAGAACGUGCCGGAUGCCGACGUUCAUGUGAUCGCUGACCAGUUUGCCUCAGACACGACAUCGUCGGGAGCAGCGGGUCUGUGGGCUCCUGAUUUUGCCCACGGCCUCAAGAAAGAUCAAGACAAGGAACUAAAGCUGAGAGAAUUGGCCAUAAAGACGUGGCACCAUGCCAGAGCUCUAUCACGGUACCCAGAUGCUGGACAGAUGGGCGUCUUUAUCCUCCCCUACUAUAAGGUCUACUACCAUCCACAAAACCAGGCUAGGCACUGGUGGAAAGACAUUGUUCCAGAUUAUCGGCGGAUUUCAAACGAGGAAAUCAAAACAAUGUUUCCUGGAGUACGAGAAGGCUAUGUGUUUAGCUCUGUGAUAAUGGACUGUUCUCACUACCUACCGUAUCUACAAGACAGAUUGGUGCGAGCAGGGGGAAGAAUAUCAAAACAGAAAGUUGCAUCUCUGCAUGAGUUAGCAGGUCAAUGUGAUGUCAUCAUCAACUGUUCAGGACUCGGUGCUCAAGAUUUAGUCUCGGAUAUGAACAUGGCGCCAAAAAAAGGACAGGUCGUUCACGUAGAAGCACCUUGGAUUCAUUAUGCUCUUGAAGUUGAGCCGGCUAAGACCGAGACAGAUAAAUACAGGUUCUAUGUUAUCCCACGUUGUAAUGAAGUGAUUCUUGGAGGAACUCAGCACAAUACUCCUGGAGUAUCUGUAAGCUCUGAGGACAGAGAGGCCAUUUUGACUUCUACAGCCCUCUUCGUUCCAAGUCUAAAGAACGCAAAAUUCAAGGGUGACUGGGCAGGAUUACGUCCAAAUAGAUCGACUGGGUUACGGUUGGAAAAAGAAACAAUCACUAGUGGAUCAAAGCAGUUACAUGUCAUUCAUAAUUAUGGCCAUAGCGGCCAGGGCAUCACUCUGCACUGGGGUUGCGCACUGGAAGCUGCCAAGAUGGCUGCAGAAAUCAUAAACAAAACAAUGGUGACAUCCAAACUCUAACUGCUUUCAUAUAUUGAUGGAUCUCAUAGUGUUACUCUCAAUGGUAGAUUCCCUAGAUUGUCAAAGUCAGUUAUUUUUAAUUCAUAGCCUUGGGGUUAUUGUCGUGUUGGGAUCGAUGUAUGCGAUAUUGGCAGUAGGAGAGGUACAUAUUAUGAAGCAGCAAGGAGAGACUUGUAAUUCCAGAGUCAUAUCAAGAGUAUUUAUUAUCUCCAAACUUUGGAGAAUCAAAUCGGUCACAUCAUUAUGAACUUUCACAUGAGAGAGCCAGCUAGAAAGAGGGUCUUGAUCUCAUGGUGAUCAAAACUCCACUCCUCUACAGAAAGCCAGAACAUGUAAUAUUUAUACAGAAGGAUACAAGUAAUACGAGGGUAGGUUACAUUGUGUCAAAGGGACAAAGACAUGAAAGAGAGCCACCAAAACAAUGGACAACUUGGUAGUUUUAGGUAUGGGCUUAAACAUAACAGAGGUGGUAUUUCCUGGGAAGGGGAUUGUGAAUGCACUUGGUCUUUCUAUGGGGAAGGAUUAUAAAGAUAUAAACUUGGCUUUUAAGUGCAUCUCAAAUUGGGCAUCUUGUCGGGGUAUAAAUAUGAGGGUACUUUAUGAUUAACUGAGUUUUGGGACAAUACUACACGACAUCAUUUCUCCUUUAAGGAUAGUUUCAGGGUUUCCUGAAAGGUCCAAACUACAGUUCUGUUAGGGGGGAGCCGUUAAUUGCUUUAAGUUCUUUUCUUUUGGGAAGGGGUGGUUGGAGAAAUGUUCUUGAGCCUUUGUUGGAAAAUUUGAAAAUCUAGUUUGUUGCUUUGGGUAAAUGCUCUGCUACUAUCUUGUCAGCAAAUUUUGUCCAACGUACAACCCUCAUUCAAAAUGGUCUUGCCACUCUCCCAGUCAAAGUCUUCCAUUAGUAAUUUCAACUUGUUAUGAUUGCUUCCAUUCAAAUUAUAUUUUAAUAAUCAAAUAAUCAUUCUUUCUUAAAAAUACCAUACAUUUAAAUAAAUUCUGUUUAUUAACAUGUGUGUUGCUGUGAUUAACUUGGUUAUUGAAAAUAUGUAUGUCUUCUGUUAACUCGACAGUUCAACAAAUAUUUGUAUCUUGAGUAGUCAAUUUUAUUCAUGUUAUGAAUAUGAAUUACCUUGAAUAUAUGUUUGUUAAUUUGUUGCAAAUGAAAAUCAAUAAAAUUCCUGUGGAGGGGAAAAAGUAUGAAGGAACAAAAAAAAAUGUCAGUAAUAUUGCAAUAUUUGAAACGCCAAAGAGAAACCUAUGCAAUACUAUUUGUCAAUCGAAAUCCAGCGAUUAUAAAGAUAGCAUUGCAAAUCUGCCACUGCAAAAUUUGUCAAUUAAAAUCUGUCGUCAAAAAUCUAAAAAUAGAAAUCUGUACUAUAUUUUUUACAAAAUAAUAUUGUUGCCUCAUAGAAGAACAAGCAAACUAUAGAGGCCUCUAAUAUCAAGUGAUUAUACUACUUGUUUAUAUACCCCCAAGUCUUGUCACAUUGUACAUGGCAGUCGAUCAAGCAAUGUAAUUUAACUUGUCAUGGUCAUUUUGAAGAAUGCAUUGUUACCCUAAUUCACAUGCUUCCCCUUAUCUAAACAUUUUUCUUGAUCCAUUGUACACUCAUGCCAUGCAUACAAUGCAUGAAUAAACAUGUUUGAAGUUGUGAUGGGAUGUCCUUAAAGUUUGGGGGAUAUAAGCCAAAUGUGGUUAUCUUCAAAGAUCUUUGAUCGAAACUGGCAUCAGGUUAUAUAUUUUACAAAGUGUAAUUUGAGGGCUAUUUAAAAAAAAAGUAUUUUCACGUGCGUUUACAAAACACACUUAAAUAAUAAUCAGAAGCAAAAUUCUAUUUCACUGUUGCAUGGUGAUUGAGAUUUGGUCGUAUCUUUCCAGGGUGUUUUGAAGAAGUUGAAUUUUGUCACUGUUGUUUCUUCUUCAAAUAGUAAUUUAUAAUCUGAUGAUUGUGCUCAAUACGUUGGCAUUAAUUUGGAAAAAUGUAAUUUUAACUGUACUAAAAAGGAUCGUUAGGAAGAGUAUUUUUGCCUUUGGUAUAUUAUAUUUGUAGUCCCUUUACGUCCUAAUUAAUUCACCAUUAUGAACAUUAAGGAACAGAUUAAAAUAGAAUUAUUGUAUCUUAUCUCAUAUACAAGAAAUAACCAUCAAAGGAGGGGAUUUAGAGGGAAACUAUUUCAAGAUGAUGCUUUGAAAACGUUUAUAUCCUUGAUACGUCAAUAUUAGUAACAUGGAGUAUUAAAUGCCCCUUUCAUAAUGACUUUAAUGCAUCAUUCGUCAUAUCCUAUUAUCGUCUACUCUUAACUUUUAAAAGGGGCCUAUAUACUUGUUAUGUCUUUUACUGGCAACUAUACCCUCAUCGUAAUAUCUUUAAUUUGAAAAAUCAUUUGGAAAAGAGGGUGCCCCGUCAUUUGAUUAGAUGAGACGAAUACACAACUAUCCUAUCAGCUCUUAAUCCGAACAUAAACAGUUUGUAAAUGGUCGUCUUGGUUAUAAGUUUGAUUUUGAUUUUUGAUAACCUAAUAAUAAUGAUGUAUCGACACAGCCAUGGAAAAUAUCAGACCUAGCUACUAAAGGUACUGAUACCAAAAUAGCAAGCUCAAAUGAUAUUGACCACAGUAAAUCGUUAUUCAGUCUAGGAAGCACAUAGAAAAGUAUUUUGUCAGUUUCUAUACGAAUACUCCUGUAAGUAGAGCUUAGUCUAACAUAUUUUACAGGGCUAUAUAUGGUUCAUUACAGAAUAUAUAUUAUAGGCGUUUUAUUUUAUGUUUAACAUCAUUGUCAUGUUGUAUCCAAUGUACCAUGAAAAAGAUGAAGGAGAUGGAAUUAUAUUUUCGGACCUAUCUUGUCUAUCUUUUUCAUAAAUAUAUAUUAACUUUUCAAUAGUACCCCGCUUCUCUUACCUCGAUUAACGUAUACUGGGAUAAAUGUUUGUGGUAUGUUCUAAACUGUCACAACAACCAUUGCCAACAUGCGAUUGCAUUGUAUCUUCACCGUACAUUAAAACAACCUGUGUAUGACAAAAUUAAAUGGAAGUUGAUUAUGAUCAUGAAAUAAACAUCUUUAUAUCCAUUAAAAGAACAUUUCUAGAUAA